AGUGGAGUUCUGACAGAUUCAGAUACUCAGAGGCGUGCUAUUCCUGAUGCAUCAAAACUUCAUUACUGUGUAAGGGAAUAUAAAAAGGCGGAUAGUGUAAAUCAUGUUGCAUCGAGUGUUUUAGUCCCUGGAUCUAUUAUUCAUCGUCGUAAUCGUAAUGCGCUAGCCAGGGAUCAAAUUAAAUUUUUUAUUCGACAUACAUGUGAAUUAAAACAUGGAGUUUUUACGCCUAAG